AACCCUACUCGACUGUCUCCAACUACGUCAUCGUCAGCGCUGGCAGAGCAACACAACAUGCAUGGUCAUUGCAAUUUGCCAUGUCCUCGCCAGCUGUGCAUACCCACCGCCUCUUCGUAACCCGACUGCUCAAUUCCCUCCCCACAGUAACGCCGCGGUCUGGGGAAGUUACCGCCGCCGAGGAGAAUCCCCUCGGUAACGUAUCCGAUGCGGUGAAGAAACAGCUGCUCGCCUUGCAGGUCCUUUUCCCCAACGAGUUCGUCCCAGCCUUGGAUCUGCUUGACCGAUGCCUUGUCACUCGACACCGCAUCUGCGACUCCUCACAGCGCAAUGCACAUGCGAAUGAGACCCAGCGAGAGGCUGCAGACAUGCACAUGCAAGGCACCGGGGAAGCAACCCACAGCCGUGACGCGCCUAUGAGAGAUGCAGAAACUCGUAACGCGCCAGCAAUUCAUGAGGCCUCAAACAUGCACGAGGCGACGAAUCAUGCACUAGACACGUCCGCGCAAGACGAGGGACCGCCAGAUGUCACCAUACGGGCUGCACCGGAUACCACUUACAGCAAUGACAUAGUAUACUACGUCGCAUCGGCUCAACAACGCUCCUCCCGCUUUAGUACCUCGUACGAAUCGAAGACCUGCUACGAGGUCCGCCUGCAAGCUUGGAACUGCUCUUGUCCUGCUUUUGCAUUUGCUGCCUUCCCUGCGACGAACAACGAGGUGUCGGUCUCAUCAUACGACACCCAAAACGAAGCGGACGGAAGUGAUUCGACAGAGGAGGCCGGCGACACUGCCUGGUUAUUUGGUGGUAUAAGCUUGGGUGACGGCAUGCCACCUAUUUGCAAACACCUCUUGGCAUGUGUUCUUGCCGAGAGAUGCAGUGGUCUAUUUGGAGGGUUUGUGGAAGAAAAGACUGUUAGUGUCGAGGAAGCUGCCGGAUGGGCUGCUGGAUGGGGAGACUGAGAGACAGCACUUGUUGAGUAUGGAUAACAGACUCAUUUCGGUCCGUCAUGUAUCUAUAGGUAUGCUGUGACGAGUCAGUAAUCAUACCUUUGGCAUGUCCGGAUAUCCGCCAACUGCUGUCAUGUUCUUGGUAUUUCGUAUCUAUCAUGCCGUUAUUACACAAAUGCCAGGGUCAUGCAAAA